AGGACACCAACGAGGUGGUGGCGAUUAAGAAGUUCAAAGAGUCUGAGGAGGACGAGGCCGUCCGGAAGACCACUUUGCGGGAGGUUAAGAUACUGCGCAUCAUGAAGCACGAGAACAUAGUUCAGCUGAAGGAGGCUUUCCGGAGGAAGGGCAAGCUCUAUCUGGUCUUCGAGUUUGUCGAGAAAAGCAUGCUCGACAUCUUGGAGGAGAAGUCCUCCGGGGUGGAGGUUGAGACCGUCAGGCUGCUCACCUUCCAGCUCCUCCGCGCCAUAGAGUACUGCCACCGGCACGACGUGAUACAUCGGGACAUCAAGCCCGAGAACCUCCUGA